AUGCUGCACAUAAACACCAAGCUGCGAAAAGAAGCCCACACUAUAAUACAACAGGGAGAAAUAAAUGAAAAUCCAGAAAUGUGCGCCACAACAAAAAUAGCAGCAGGUAUUGCAGAAGGCGGCAUCAGAAACGAGCCAGAUCUAGCAAUAUAUCGAAUGAAAGGGGAUGGGUCAAACGUUACCGACUUAAAAAAUCCUGCAGUAAACUUUACAUUCAAGAACAUAUCAUACAAGGACAUUAUAAAAAACGUAACGCAGUCUUUCAAGAGCGGGCAGAUGACAGCUAUACUGGGCCCGUCCGGCGCAGGAAAAACCACGUAUCUGAAGAUUAUAUCAGGGAGAAAGCAAAAAACAGCUGGAACCAUACUUCUGAACGGGCAGGAGAUCAAGCAGAAAGAGCUGCGAAAAAGAGUUGCGUAUGUCCACCAGGAGGACCAUUUGUAUCCGGUUCUGUCCGCAAAGGAAAUGCUUUCCUACACAAUUCAGAUGAAAUCCCCGGAGGAAAGCAACCCAGACGGGCUGGCAGACAAGCUCCUGGAGGAUGUAGACAUGAUAGAUGCAAAAGACACGCUGAUUGGCGACCCGUUGGAGGGAAUGGCAGGUCUAUCGGGCGGUGAGCGGAAAAGGCUGUCUGUGGCGCAGGAGCUAGUUUCUUGCCCAGAAAUACUUUUUUUGGAUGAGCCAACCAGUGGAUUGGAUGCGUACACAUCAGAGUCGCUGAUUAUUCAUCUUAAAAAUCUUGCACGCCAAGGAAUGCUCGUUGUAAUGACUAUUCACCAGCCAUCCUCCGAAAUAUUCCACAUGUUUGAUAAUAUCGUGCUUAUGAAAAACGGAUACAUUGUAUACUCUGGGUCCCCGCAGGAGUGCGUUGAGUCCCUGGAAGCGUCUGGAAUGCCCUGUCCGAAGUACACAAACCCGGCCGACCAUUUGUUCCGGAUACUUGGAAGGUUCCCAGAGGAAAACUACAAGGCGCAGGCCCCGGAAAGCCUCGACAUGGACCCUGUUGAUGCGAACAAGAGGCCGCAAACGCUUUCCUCCCUCCUAUACGAAAGCAAAAUUCUCAUUUCACGGACUGUUCUGUGCAGCUUUAGGAACAAAAAGUAUUUGCUGGCAAAGUGUGGGCACGCCCUUUUCGUCUCUCUGAUAACCGGAAUGUUUUUGUACAACAUCCCUGCAAAGCAGCCGCACCAGAUAGAGACAAAUGUGAUAGGGUGCUACAGGACCAUAACAAUGGCAACUUUUGGGUCCUUCUCGUACGGCGCCAUCUCCAUCCUGUUUUCAGACCGGAAAAUAUUCAUAAAGGAGUACAGCUCGAACUACUACACGUUCCUGCCGUACUUCGUGUCGAAAGUCGUGGUAGACUUCCUCAUAACGUGCAUGCACCCGUUCGUGGGCACGCCCAUUGUAUUCUACCUGUCUGGAAUCGGGUCUGCAUACCAUAUACUCGGAUGUCUUUUGCUGGGUGCAACCGCACACUCGCUGGGGGUCCUUGUAGCGUCCUUAGUGGACACCUCAGAGAUUGCGCUUGCUGUUUUCCCUGCGUUUGCCUAUCUUAUAAAUAUGCUGACAGGAACAGACGUAGACCCAGACUCAAUCAUACCAGGGCUUGCACUCCUGCAGUUUAUCUCCCCGCCCAGACACGCAUACAACAUUAUGAUAAAGCUGCACUACAGCGGGGCAUCCAACAUUUCGCCGCGCCUUCAGGCUCUGGUUGACGGAUUCGUGUCUAUAUACACGUCCAUGUGCGUGCUCAUAGCCACAUAUAUGGUUCUUAUUGUGCUGGCUGCAUACUGCCUCAAAAGGAAGGUCAUGCAGCUGGCAAAAGGAUAA